CUGUUGCGUGGGGUGACCCCAAAGCGCCGUUCACGUCGUCAGUUGGCUCAGCUGGACCAGAGGAAGCCCUACAUCACAGCCUGCUUCAGGCAGCUGCCCUCCAGCUUCACAGUGGGAUCUGAUCAUCGCCACAGCAGCUGUGAGAACAAGCCUCUUGAACCUGGCCAGGAGUACGUCUUCUUCCUGCUGGCUGAACUCAAUACCACUGCCGGGAAAAUGUUUGCUACCAGUCCUUAUACCGACACAGUGAUGACUCCGGAGCUAGUGGUGGACCCCCUGCCAGUAGAGACUGGGGACGGACUCAUAUGGGUGGUGGGCCAGUCCUAG